UGACAACCUCAAAAUAUCGAUUUAUUGCAGGUAAACUAAAAAUCUUAUUUAUUAAAAAGUUGUGAUUUAGCAUGGAAAAAGCGUUCGAGAUUCAAAAGCAAGUGCGAGAUAAUGUAAAAACUUUUCAAACAUAUAUGACCGAUUUGCAAAACUGGGAAGCCGAAAUGAAAAGGAAAGAGGCAGCUUUGAACGGCACUUUCGAGCAGGAUCUACCGCCAGUUAGGAGUAAAGCGAAAAAGGACAAACCGAUCGCUGUGCGAAAGAAACCAGAGAAACGAAUAAGUGCCUCCGACUACCAGUCCUGGGAAAAGUUUGAUGUUGAUAAAGCAUGCGAGGAAGUAGAUAUGGAGGAAGUUGGUCCAGUGUCGCUUGAUGGCAAGAUGAGCCAGCAGGCAAAACUAGAGAAAUUGAAAGAAGAGGCACAAUACGAGAAAGAAAGGGGCAACACUUUUGUGAAGCAGGAGAAAUGGGAUGAGGCUAUAUCAUGCUACAGCCGUGCUAUUGAACUGGUGAAAGAUGACGCCAUUUAUUAUGCUAAUAGGGGACUCUGUUACUUGAAAAAAGACAGUCUACACCAGGCUGAAACAGACUGCACAGAAGCACUCCGCUUAGACCCCACAUAUGUGAAAGCAUUGCAGCGUCGAGCCACUGCCCGAGAGAAACUAGGCUCAUUACGGUCUGCUUCUCAUGAUUUGACUGAAGUGCUGAGGCUGGAACCUCACAACCAUGCCGCUAGGAAACAAUUGGAUACUAUCAAAGCUAGGAUGGGGACUAAAGGGUCCAAAUCGAAAUCUUCACCGUCCAGCACUCCCACCGUAGAAACUAAGCCGUUCGUCAACACCAAACCAAAGAUGCCGCCGAAGAUAGUGGAGUUGCCCGAUGAACCGAAGCCCAUAGUCGUUCAACCCACCGUUGUGGACAAAUGGAGAGAUGGCAUCGGGGAGAAUAUCACAGUCAUCAAACCUGUUAAGAAACCACCACAUCUGAGAUCGAAGAGAGCACUAAAACACGUACCCAUAAAAGAAAUUCAACUGGGCAAUACAAGUCCAGAGAAGUGUCCGACUCGACUCAAGAUCAUUGAACUAGAAGGCAACGAGCGCGGAGACUCAAACAACAAUGAUUCCAAUAAAAUCUACGAACAAGAGGACGAGAGAAAAAAUAUCUCCCUCGAUUUGGACAAAUCCAAGGGUGACUCCAACUUAUCCAGCCCCGAGUCAGUCAAACUAGUGAGUGACGUCAUCGGCUCUGAGAAACUGCAAGGGAGUCUUUCUCCUCCCAAUAACGAGGAACUGAGGGGGAAAUUGUCUCCCCCUAACAACAGCGUGCAGUUUAUGGCCGAUUGGAAGUAUAUGAAAGUGAAGACCAGGGCUGAGUAUCUUAGUAUCAUAGACCCGUCCAAGAUACCAUCCAUAUUCGAGAAUUCCCUUGAAAGCGACGUAUUAUCCGAAGUGAUUCAAGUGUUGCAUUCUGACAAAGACAAGUUCAAACAACACACGGUAGCAGCUUACUUGAAGAACAUGUGUGCUGUCAAAAGAUUCUCGGCUUUAGCUAUGUUUCUGAGCGGUAGCGAUAAGAAAUUGCUCACUGAUCUUCUGAACUACUGCAAAACGUCUGAAAACGUGACUGAGAACGAAAUCGCAGACCUGAAGAACAAAUAUGAAAUCUAAAGACUUAAUUUUAGGGUACUAGUUAGCUCGUAUUAAAAUUUUACACGAUCAACAAUUCUUGUGUGGUAAACGCCCCAAAAGUCUAAAAUAACGUUUGAACUCUAUUUCUUUGGCGUUACAGCUCAUUAUUUCUUAGCAAUAAAAUGUUCGAAGAGACUAUUUUUUAAGCUGAUUUUUUUAUCAUUCGGACUUGAUAUGUCGUUAAGCUGAAAUCACUGGUAACUACUUGGCUUUAGGGAUUACUUUAUAUUGCACUCAAAUAAUUCGGACUUUGGUCUUUUGGAUAUAAAAUGUUGGCGAACAAAACAGAUCUUAAUUUGUGAUAGUUAAUUAUUAUUUUAAGUUAUGAAUAACUGAUAGAACGAAUAAGUGUGGCAUGUUUCGAAAUUCUUAGUUUAAAAGAAAUAAUACGGCAACAGGAACAGGUAAUUGAAAACUGUCAAACACAGGGAGAGAUCCCAAUGACUUUGAGCUUUAUGUUGGUUGCAAUAAGAUUCAAAAUUUGUUAAGAAAAUCAUUAGUAUCUUGGUAUCUUGAUGUUUUCAUUGCAUUGUUUUAUGAAUAGUGCACCUCAUGAACCAAUAUCGAAUUCGAAUAGUUAUAUUCGUUCUGGAUACGAGUCGUAUGUGAAGAACUUUUGUAUGAAAAUUUGAACAGCGUCACAAUGGAC